CGUUUCUCAAACUCCUUUUGGUCCAAUUGUUAAACCCCCCGAAAAUUAUAUGGAAGCUUCAAUGAGCCAAGGUUUCCAAUACCCUUUCCCUUAUCCCUUUUACAACUUUUCUUACCAUAGUGUUGAUCCAGAUAUCAUUAAAAGAAAACUAUCAAAAAUUAACAUUAAACCUUAUAUCGAUAUAACGUUGAAAUAUAAUCAUAAUAAUCAUAAUCAAAGUAGUAAUGCUUCGGGUCCUGGUCGCAAAAAAAGGAAAACUGAAACUUCCCCUAAAAAACAACAACUCCGUCCAAAAACUAUCCACGAGGUCUUACCUUCAGAUUCCUUUAUCGAUGAAGAAAGCCAAAUGGAUUCUCAAAUUAUACCUUCUGAGGCUCCCGCUCUUGAUAGACCAAUACCGGAAGAACCUAAAACUAUUCAGCAAUCUUUUCAGCCUGAUAUCCCUCAACUCCCUCCCAUAUAUUCCCAACAAGUCACUGAACCUGUGAGCGAACCAACUAUUCAACGAACCCCUGAGAUCCUCUCCAAUUUGCCUUCUUCAAUACCUGGUACUAAAGAACCGACACCGAAUGAUCCAGUUCCAGUAGAAUCAACAAAAGAACCAGUCAGAGAAGAGGCUCCCAAAGAAGUCACCCCAAGGGAAAAUACCCCUAGACCAGCUGAAAACCCUGGAGAUAUUUCAAAAUCGGUAGAGGUGAAGCAAGAGCAUCCAAAUUUAGAAUUAUCAUCACAACCUAUAGAUACCUCGCAAAAUCCAGUGUCCAGUGCUCAAGUUGAUACAGAACCUCAACAGCUAAAACCUCUUCAACCUAAAGGAUCGUAUGAAUCUGAUCAAAAUAAGUUGCAAAAAGCGAAAUCAAAAUCAAAACCUCAAUCUUUACCUUAUCCACCACAAAGUUUGAAAAGUGGAAUUUCAAUUCAGUUCGAAGAUCCAUCAAGGCAACCAAUACCUUACUAUACGAAAAAGAAUACAACUUUAGAAGAUUCUGAUACAUUUAUCGUAAGUAAGCCAGAGGGUAAACCAAAGGAAGGAGUUGACCCAGAAACAUCGGAAUACAUUGAUGAUAAAUCGAUGCUUACACAAAAGCAAGAUUCAGCCAAUUCGAGUGGAUUAGGAUACAUAUUAAAAGACUCAGAAUCAUCAACCAGUGAAGAUGAAGAUUAUUAUGACGAACAGAGAAGACUCGAAGAACCGCAAUUGUCAAGACAAUCAUCAAUAUCUAAAACUGAAGCCAAUAAAGCAGGUAAAAAAGCAGGAGAAUUGACAAUAAUUAGAUCUGAACACGAGAAAAAUCUAGAAACUGAAAAUAAUCAAAAACAAAAUAGAAAAUCAGCGAUAAUACAUCAAUGUCAUUUAAGUGAUCCCAACUCAAAUAAACCAUGUCUAAAGAUAUUUUAUGGUAAGAAUGAAUUAUUAAGACAUCAAGAGUUUGUUCAUGCUACUAAAAAGAAAAUAUAUAAAUGUAUUUACUGUUCAAGAAGUGGCAGUAAAGUACAGAGUUAUCCUCGUCAUGAUUCUUUGGCCCGUCAUAUUAGAAGAAAGCAUGGAGUUACUGGCAAAGAAAAUAAAUUGGCAGUUAAUUAUGCAAAAGAAAACGUUGAAAUAAUCGACGAAAGUGGUGGUGUACCUAAUGAUCAAGAAUUACAUGAGCAAAAUAGCCAACACCAGCUGCCACAAGAUGGUCAAUCACCUUCACCAACCAUUUCCCAACAACAGAAUCUAACCAAACAAGGAGAACAAGAACAUACAGACAAUAAUGACGAUGUGUCCAGUGGAAACAGGAAAAGAAUGUCGAGUGAACCGUUACCUCAUCCACAAUACUUGAACAGUGAUUUCACCAUCAAGUCAUCAUACGCAGGAUUCUUACUGUUUAGCACAAGAGACCAUGUCCCCAGGGGCCCCUAUAAAAAGAAGGAAAAGCCUUCCGCUGAACCAGUGGCACACACCUCACCAUCAGUGAAACCACCCGGCCUCACCUCCCCAGCAUCAACCCCACCGACUAUAUCAUAUCCACAAGCACAACCGUCACAACUGACUUCUCAGCCGCACCACCCUGUGCACGCUUCCUCAAACCCCAUUCCGUCACAAGAACCAUCGCGUCUGCCUUCUCAGUACCCACCCCAUACAUCUUCGAACGAACCUUCUCAGCAUGGGGCUCCUCCUCCAUAGGCUUGUCUAUGUAUAUAUAUAAUCAAAUCAAAAAUGAAAAUAACCAAAAACCCAAAAAUCAAAAUGC